AUUAAUAAUUAAUCCCAAUGUGUUUCACAGAAUGAAGUUAAUGCUAUAAAAUGGGACCCACAAGGAAAUCUACUUGCCAGUUGUUCCGACGACAUGAGUUUAAAAAUCUGGUCGAUGAAGCAAGACACUUGGGUUCACAAUCUCCAAGCGCAUAACAAGGAAAUCUACACAAUAAAAUGGUCGCCGACCGGACCAGGAACACAAAAUCCUAAUAUGAACUUGACACUGGCCAGUGCCUCGUUCGACUCAACCGUGAGACUGUGGGAUGUGGAACGGGGCGCCUGCAUACACACGUUGACAAAACACACCGAACCAGUUUACAGUGUUGCUUUCAGUCCGGAUGGUAAAUUUCUGGCGAGUGGAAGUUUUGACAAGUGCGUUCACAUCUGGUCUACACAGAGUGGACAAUUAGUGCAUAGUUACAAGGGAACAGGCGGAAUAUUCGAGGUGUGUUGGAACAGCAGGGGUGAUAAAGUUGGUGCCUCAGCAUCUGAUGGCAGUGUAUUUGUUCUUGAUCUUCGUAAACUGUGAUCAUCCGGCGGAAUUGAGUUUCGAUACACUGCUUAUCCUUUUUGGCAGCUCGAUUUUCAUUCAAGGAAAAUUCUGUUUUUAUUUCAAUUGUUUAUAUGAUUUUCGAAUCCUUGUGACCCACUUAUAAAUAGAAAACGAAUCGUAAAUUUGAAGUGUAAAACAAUAAUUCAUUAGUAAAAUAAGAUAGAAGUAAAAAAUUUGAAUGAAUAUCUGUGAAUAUGUCUGAAGGUGAUAGAUUUGGGUAGAAUGUCGAGAUAUUUUUAAUAGUUGAUCUGGUUUUGUACAGUGUUCUGAAUAAUUUUUCGGACUUUCACUUUCGAAUGGAUUGAUUAAAUAUUACUUCACUACUCAAUUAGCAACAGAACAAUUGUACCGAAAAUUACAAAAUAAUCCGCCUUUCAAGAGUGAAGUGGUGAGAAUUACAUCUAUUUUUGGAAGUGGUGAUUUUAAGAGAAAAUAUCAGAAAAACCACUCAGAACUGAGGAAAAAUUUGAGCUACAAUACUCCAAGACCUUCAAAAUUAUCGGAUAUUUCUUGAAUGUUUGCUUGCAUAGCAACGAGAGGGAUGAGUUGUGUAGGUUGAAAUGCCAAGCGCGCAGACCGAGGGUUUUAUUGCAAAACUUAUCUCGAUCGUUGAUAUGCAGGAAAACUUGAGGGAAAUAUCAGAUGAAUUUUGAAGGUACAGGGGUAUUCGCAGGAUAAUUUCUUCAAUUCUGACUUCGGCCGAUAAGAGUGCAGUGUUCAGCGUUAUGUGGUGUUUUACCAAAAUGUGAAGAUUACCUGUCCAAUUUCUUGGAAAGAAUUGGCAGGCUGCAGGGAAAUUAUCAGUCUGAUUAUUUCUCCUAUCACUCUUCCGAACAAUAGAAUUGGGGUAUUCAACGUCCCGUGGACCAAUCAGACGAGAAUUAUAUCGAGAACUGCCUUCCCUCCUUGGCUCGUCCAAUCAGAGCGCAGUAUUCUAGGUUACGUGACACUGUCAUGUGGGUUUUAUUUUGAGAAUUCUUCCCAACCCCAUUUUAGCCAAAUUAUUUUAUGUAGUCAACACGGUAUUCAACUGAUAAUUUUUGAUAAUUCAACUGGUAAUUUUUCAUGUUGAUAUACAUGAAAGACAAAAGAUUUCCUAGUCGAAUGAGCUCCCCAUGGGGACUGACUCUUGGCUGAAAUUUGGAUGGAAAAAAUUCUCUUCCGAAUACCAUUCGAGCUUCAAAAUUAAUCAGGUAUU